GUCGGAGCUCACUCCGUCGUUGACAUUCGCGUUGACUGGCCAGAGUCCGCGAUCUGAACACCCUCUCAUCCUUUUGAUCUCCAACCAUUUCCCUAGCAUUGAGUUCGGUCGAGCCCUCAGGAAGGAUCUACAGCAAUCUCUUUCUGGUAUCACUUCCUGAUCUCCUUCAUACAUCUGAUUCGCCAUGGCAUACCACAGCUUCCUGCUGGAACCUAUUAGCUGCCAUGCCUGGAACAAGGACCGCACUCAAAUCGCGCUGUGUCCCAACAACCACGAUGUUUACAUUUACAAGAAGGACGGCACCAAAUGGAACAAGAUUCAUGAGCUGAAGGAACACAACGGCCAAGUGACCGGCAUUGACUGGGCUCCGGACAGCGACCGCAUCGUGACGUGCGGGGCGGACCGUAAUGCCUACGUGUGGACCCAGAAGGAGGGCGUGUGGAAGCCCACCCUGGUCAUCCUCAGGAUCAACCGGGCGGCCCGCUGUGUGAAGUGGUCCCCGCGGGAGAACAAGUUUGCGGUGGGCAGCGGCUCGCGCCUCAUCUCUGUCUGCUACUUUGAGCAGGAGAACGACUGGUGGGUCUGCAAGCACAUCAAGAAGCCCAUCCGCUCCACCAUCCUCAGCCUGGACUGGCAUCCCAACAACGUCCUGCUGGCUGCAGGCUCCUGUGACUUCAAAUGCAGGGUGUUCUCUGCCUACAUUAAGGAGGUGGAGGAGAAGCCAGGCCCCACAUCCUGGGGAAGCAAGAUGCCGUUCGGAGAGAUGCUGUUUGAGUCCAGCGAGGGCUCGGAGGCGGGGCCCUCUGAGGGGGCGGGGGCAGCCGGGGGUGGGGGCUGGGUGCACGGCGUGUGUUUCUCCCACUCUGGCAACCGCCUCACCUGGACCUCCCACGACUCCAGCGUGGCCGUGGCCGAGGGGGGCAAGACCUGCACGAUCAGCAGUCUGAGAUCAGACAACCUUCCUCUGCUGUGCGUGACCUUCAUCACCGAAAACAGUAUUGUGGCUGCUGGCCACGACUGCUACCCGGUUCUGUUUGUGUAUGACGGGGCCAAGGGCAGCCUGACGUACGGAGGUAAGCUGGACGUCCCCAAGCAGGCCGCCGCAAAGGGCAUCAGUGCCCGGGAACGCUUCCAGAACCUGGACCGCCGCGCCUCCACCACACAGACCUCCGAGCAGACCAUAGACACCCUGCACAAGAACAGCAUCAGCCAACUCUCUGUGCUGGAAGGAGGGCGCAGUAAGUGUAGCAAGUUCUGCACCACCGGCAUGGAUGGUGGGAUGGCCAUAUGGGACGUCAAGACAUUGGAAUCUGCCAUGAAGGACUUGAAAAUUGCUUGAGGCUUACUUUGUCUACAUGGCACAGCUCUUGUGUAACACAGGAAAAUGAAGACUGCCACCCUUACAUUCCUUAUCUUCUCCAAUACCACAUGUAUCCCCCCCACCCCCCAAGAA